UCUCUUUCUUAUCACCCUGAAGUUCACUAUGCUCCGGUUGCUGAGUUCCCUCCUGCUUGUGGCCUUUGCCUCAGGCUGUGGCCAGCCUUCCUACAACCCCUCCAGCCGAGUUGUCAAUGGUGAGGACGCUGUUCCCUACAGCUGGCCCUGGCAGGUCUCCCUUCAGUAUGAGAAGGAAGGGAGCUUCUACCAUACCUGUGGUGGCACCCUCAUUACCCCUGACUGGGUUCUGACUGCAGGCCACUGCAUCUCGACUUCCCGCACCUACCAGGUGGUACUGGGUGAAUAUGAGCGUGGCGUAGAGGAGGGCCCAGAGCAGGUGAUCCCCAUCAACGCUGGAGACCUCUUUGUGCACCCCAAGUGGAACAACAAAUGUGUGAGCUGUGGCAAUGACAUCGCCCUGGUCAAGCUCUCAAGAAGUGCCCAGCUGGGAGACACAGUCCAGGUUGCCUGCCUCCCUCCUGCUGGUGAAAUCCUACCCAAUGGAGCACCAUGUUACAUCAGCGGCUGGGGCCGUCUCUCCACUAAUGGGCCUCUGCCAGACAAGCUGCAGCAGGCCCUGCUGCCUGUUGUGGAUUAUGCACACUGCUCCAAGUGGGACUGGUGGGGCUUCUCUGUGAAAAAGACCAUGGUGUGUGCCGGUGGCGAUAUCCAAGCCUGCUCCUUAUCCUCAGACACACCUCAGCCCCAACUCUUGUCACCACUGCAGGGUGACUCUGGAGGACCCCUCAACUGUCCUGCUGAGAAUGGCACCUGGCAGGUCCAUGGUGUGACCAGCUUCGUGUCCUCCUUGGGCUGCAACACCCUGAAGAAGCCCACAGUGUUCACCCGUGUCUCAGCCUUCAAUGACUGGAUCGAGGAGACCAUUGCCAACAACUAGAUCCAAGGCUCAGCUGGCAGCAUGGACCCCAGGUCCUGUAAAGAAUAAAGACCUUUCUGAAAGUCCCAA